AUGCACGAGCUGCCAACGUCGUGCUCACUGGGGCACCACACGGUCACCGACGCACGACGCAUGUCAUUCGGAGUCAAUGUCAUCGGCCCGCGGGUCGACACCUUCAACUUUCUCAUCUCGUACUACGAGGAUGAGGAUGGUGUCGAGCAUAAGCAGACGAUCCGCUUGAUGCGCGACGACGAAUCGCUCGAGAUCUUCGACGAGAUCGCGGCCAUGGAGCCGGUCUCAACUGUUGACGACGUCGACUACUUUACCAUUCUCAGACUGUCGAACAGGCUCGAGCCACGCUCUGCGCCUCUUGGCGACAACCGCGACAUGCGCGUCGCGCUGUUUGAUCUAGUUCUCCCAGACAAGCCCCUCAUCGACGAUCAUCGCUUCAACUACCACUCUGCCCUGGCGGCGUACGACAGCUGCAUGAGUGAGGGAAAGGGGGAGAAGGCAGCAGAGGCCAAGGUGCGCAUAGCCGAGGCCAAGGUGCGCAUAGCUGAGGCCAAGGUCGGAGUGGCCGAGGCCAAGGUCGACGAGGCCGAGACCAGGGUUGACAAGGCCGAGGCCAAGGUCGGGGUGGCCGAGGCCAAGGUCGGGGUGGCCGAGGCCAAGGUCGGAGUGGCCGAGGCCAAGGUCGAAGUGGCCGAGGCCAAGGUCGACGAGGCCGAGACCAGGGUUGACAAGGCCGAGGCCAAGGUCGGGGUGGCCGAGGCCGAGAUCCGGGUGGCCAAGGCCAAGGUCGGGGUGGCCGAGGCCAAGGUCGGGGUGGCCGAGGCUAGGCACGAGGCAGUGAUUGGCGCACGGCAUGCUGGAGUCGCAACGGAUGCCGACGUGGCCGAGGCCAAGGUUGACGUGGCCAAGGCCAAGGUUGUCGUGCUCGAGGCCAAGGUUGUCAUGCUCGAGGCCAAACUGCGCGAAGCGACUGCGUGUGGCGCCAGCGAGGCCGAGAUCGAAUCAAUCACGACACGACUCAAACUCGCCUCGCAAGAACUGACCCAUGCCUCGCCGGCUAACGAGAAGCUCCACCCGCAGAUCGGCAUUAUUCAGCCGCACGGGGCGGCCUCCAAGUCUAGGGCAAAGGGCUUUGCGUCACACCUAUCGCCGGUCUCGGAUCCGGCAGCACUCUACCCUCUGCUGGUGACCGGGCACCUGAAGAUGGUUGGAUGGCCGGAGCAGGAGAGCCAGUCACCUUCGGCAAGCAGUGGAGCUUUGUCCGUGGCCGAUCUUGCCAGUGGGCCGGAAGACCUCGGCAGUGGCGCUGCUGCCUCUCCGCCCACUCGCCAGUUUGUCGAGCUCGACCACAACGUCGCCCUGGGAAUGUUUAGCCGCGUUGGUAACCUGCAGGCUGCUACGCAAAAGGCUGUGCGUGACAUCACCCAAUCUCUCUGGCCUCUGGUCUUCACCUCCAGCUCUAGCCCGUGUGUCGGGCUUGAUGCUGACCCAAUGCAGACCUUCCAUCUCGAACGCACUUUCCUCUCGGAGCUCACGUCGUCGCUGUACGUCUUUCUUCGCGACGAGAUCUCGACUUCCUUUCCGAGUGACACGGAGCUGGCCAAGCACACGGCCAGUGCUUUGGAUUUUUGCUUGCAGCAUCGAGCAGAUCUCGACAAGGUCAUCGCCAGCGCGACAUCAGUCGAGCGCGCAACAACGCGUUUGGCCGCUAUCACGUCGGAGCUGGCCCAGUCUGGGUCGUCGUCGUCGCGUCCAGACUCAAGCCGUCGGGCAACCGAGCUGCUUGCCGCGAUGAUCGAGGCGGAGAAAGAACUGACCAACCCGCAACUGGAGCAGAUUCCGGUUCGGGUGACGAAUGCGCGCGAGAGCCGCGAAGACUCGCAUGAUCCCAGUUCCUCGGACGCACGCAGUGCUGAUGCUGUUGUGUUCAACCGAAGCCCAUUGCGGACGUGGAUGUGGGUCGAACACCCGGUACUCCGCAACGCGCAGCCGGACGUACUCUGGGGCCUCCACUCCCAGCAGGUCAAGCUCGGCUUUGGCAUCUUUGAGCCCGGCAGUUCCUCCAAGGGGGGACAAGUCGAGGCGUACGCUUCUGCGUUGGGGCUGGCUGCUGCUGGCUACCCUGCUGUGAUUUCGAUCCUCUCACUCUCUGGGUCGUUUCCCACGCCGGAAAACUCCGGCGCCAACAUCUCGCUGCAACUUGCAGCUCACCUUGUCGGCGAAAACCAGGUGCAGCAUGUAGCUGUGGGCCUCCUCAAGACCGACUCGCUCACAUCGUACGUGGACAUUGUGGCCGGCUUUGCAGUUUCGAUGUCCGAGGUCACCCAGAUCAUGGUCAAGCGCCUGGCGGACCCAAGCCUUGCGCCGCAGCAGUUUGGGCCCAACGUGGCGGUUGUCGCCGGAUUUGUCUUCAAGUGGUUCCGCCCCUCCUCCUGCCGCUGGCCGAACCUGGAUGCGUGGACGAUUGCGUCGCCCGAGCUGCGGAUGUGCUUGAUGGUGGUCGACAAAGCGUUCACCGUUCUCCACGGGCCCCACAACGAGACGGUCGAGGCGCUACCUGGUCAUGUUGCUGUCGUUGUCACCAAGGCUGUGACCGAUGUUGAGGUCGACGACACGGGCGUGACUACGGCCCACUUUGACGACGUGGCGGCCCGGCUGAAGAAGCUCCAUGCCGCGGGCAUUGUCCAUGGCGACGUCCGCCGUAGCAACGUUGUCUUUGGCAACAACGGCAAAGGUUACCUCAUUGACUUUGACCUUGCGCGGCCGGUCGGAACCGUGUACCCGGCACGUCUCCGUGUGGUGCGCGACGGGUCACGCGCGCCUGGUUGUGUCAACUCAACAGCCAGCAUGGCGGUUGCGCACGACGUAUUUGCGUUGGGUGGCGUGAUGGAGCUGUACCAAGCCGUCGACAAUGGCAGACAGAGCGAGUGGAUCGCUCUCGUCGAAUCGUUGAAAGCGGAGGAGCACGGGGCCGCGGUCGGCAAGCUACCGAGCGAGUGGCCGAACCCGCCGUUCCUGCUGCAGCGCACCAGGUCCGCCCGCAGCAAGUCGUGGUCACGCGGAACUGGGUCGCCGUAA